UACUUACUAAUUUGGUGGUCCUUUUUUCUCUUUAUUUUAACGUCAAUGAUUAAGAAAGAACUUGCUUUGUGUUACCGAAAAAACCAAACAGCUUGGUUUAAAAAAAACAAAACAAAAGAACUCAAAUCAACGGCUAUCACUGCUCCUACAUACUUGCGGCAAAAUCUGGACUGUCAAUAGAUUGGUGGCUCUCAAAAUCUUGAUCUCCCGGUGUUCUUUACUGUUUUAAACAUUUCUCUCUCUAACGUUUCAUUUCAUUCUUCACUGAUCUCAGAGAUGUCAACAUCUGAUAAACCAGAAGUAGGGGAAAGGGAUGAAAAAGAAAAGCAAGAUGAAGGGAAGGGUGGAUUUCUCGGUACGGUGAAGGGUUUCAUUCAGGACAUUGGUGAGAAGAUUGAGGAAACAAUUGGGUUUGGGAAGCCAACUGCAGAUGUUUCAGCGAUACAUGUUCCUAAAAUUAAUCUUGAUGAAGCAGAUCUUGUUGUUGAUGUUCUCAUAAAGAACCCGAAUCCGGUGCCAAUUCCCCUAAUUGAUAUUAACUAUUUAGUUGAGAGUGAUGGGAGGAAAUUAGUUUCCGGAUUGAUACCGGAUUCUGGUACAAUCCAUGCUCAUGGUGAGGAAACAAUCAAAAUUCCAGUUACUUUGAUUUAUGAUGACAUAAAGACUACAUAUGCUGAUAUUCAACCAGGAAGUGUGAUUCCUUAUAAGGUGAAAGUUGACCUCAUAGUUGAUGUUCCUGUGUUUGGAAGGAUCACUAUACCUUUGGAGAAAACCGGAGAAAUCCCUAUUCCGUAUAAGCCGGAUAUAGAUAUUGAGAAAAUUCAGUUUGAGAGUUUCUCUUUUGAGGAGACCAUUGCUAUUCUUCAUUUAAAAUUGGAUAACAAGAAUGAUUUUGAUUUGGGACUCAAUGCGCUCGAUUAUGAGGUGUGGCUUGGUGAGGUUAGAAUUGGAGGUGCUGAUCUUGCGAAGUCGGCAAAAAUUGAAAAAAGUGGGAUUAGUUACAUUGAUAUUCCAAUUACCUUUAGGCCUAAGGAUUUUGGAUCUGCACUUUGGGAUAUGAUUAGAGGAAAAGGAACAGGGUACAGUAUGAAAGGUCAUAUUGAUGUUGAUACACCCUUUGGAGCAAUGAAAUUGCCUAUUAGCAAAGAAAAUGGUACUACUCGUCUCAAGAAGAAUAAGGAAGAUGGUGGCGAUGACGAUGAUGAUGAGGAUUGAAUAACAAAUUGUAGCAAGUUAUUAGUAUCAGUUCUUAUAUAUACUGCUUUGAUCCAUUAGAAAGUGAAGUAAAGGAACCUGAAAACAUAGAGGCAUUACUUCUGAAUCUGAUAAGCAUGUAUUAUGCAUCUUGGGAGAUCAAAUUAUGACAUUUAUAAUGGAUGAUCGUGUCAGAGUUCAUCAUGAAUAUCAGUUUCAGUUUGGAUUUUGCUCUCUUUCUUCAAGCAGGUUCCUGUUUUGUGUACGUGAUUUAUGAUCAAAUUCAAAACAUCCUUGUCACGGGAUAAUGACAAUUGCCAGAUGUUUUGGGUUUUAGAUGAAAUUUGUGUGGUUUGUGCCUUUUUUUUCUCCUUUUUCUAAGGGGUGGUUUAUGGUUGUUAUUUGCUUUGUCUUGUGGAACUGGUGUAUUUAAGAAGUUAAUAAACUCUAUAGUAAUAGUCUACUAUAGUCAACAGUGUAUAAUCGAUAAAUGUUAUUCAAACAUUAAUGCAAUAUUUCGGUCCCUUUUUUUAUUUGA